CGUAUGUAUUUGUUUACCAACUGCUGGCACACGGUGACACAUCUGGCCUUUAGCCUUUUUGUAUGAGCUGAAAUAAGCCUUACAAGCCUAUUCACUAUUGGCGAGAUCAAUGACAUUUUCUUUCCUUUCCUUUUCAUUACAUUUGGUGAUUAAAUACUCCAACAAAUAAAGGCCUAAUGUAUUGAGGAACAAAACAUGAGAGCAUCGUCAACAUAUAUAUAUAUAUACACGAGGAUCACCAAAGUGCCAUAGUUGCAAUUUUAUACAAAUAGUAUGUGUUACUUUGUGCUGCCUACCGCCUAGAAUUUGGCUUGAUUAAUUUUCUUCGAGGGAAAUUCUCAUUCGGCGCUGUUGGAUUUAAUUGUUGUCCGACAGAAAGUGAGCAUCCCUUUAACAACAGCCAAGCGUCCGUUGCCAUGGGUACCGUGAGGCAGCGGGGAGAAAGAGACACGAAAGGCUAGAUGCUAGCUAUCAAAAGUUUACUCGACGAAGAAGUUGCUUUUGUUUACAUUGUAUAAAUGUCAUUGUUUAGGGACAAUUGUAACUUUCUUGUCUCCCCGCGUGACACCAAUUUACUUUAGCUAAAACAACUUGCUCAGCUGCCGAGUUGACUAACUAGCUAGGCUACAACUAACUAACGUUACCUUAGCUAGCCUAAGCAUUGACAUGGCAAGUCUAGGCAAAUCCACUGGCAAAACUCCCAAAAAGGAGGCGAGACCUCGGACACCGCCAGAGAAGAAACGUCUGAAAGUGUCAGAGGAUUUCUCCUCGUGUCUGAGUGAAGAGCAGCCUCAGAGCCCCACUCUUAAAGGAGAGGACAUCCAGGCCCUGGCCAUCAGACCUGAAGACCUGGAGAAGUUGCGGGUGCCCCAGCCCCCUAAAGAACCCCAGAAACCUGCAGCUGUGACCCGCGUGCUGGUGCGUAAGACCCGCCCACCUGAUGACAUCGGAAAGGGGGUGAGGGUAGCGGUGGCCCGCCCCCUGGCCCAGGACACCACCACACAGCCACUGGACUACACAGGACCGGGGGGACCUCGCUUCGAUGCCCAGGGGAUGGUCCUCCCCCACAGCAUUCUGGGUAGUCUGGAGGACUUCAGGACAGAGAUGCAGGCCAGGGGAGAGACUGAGCUGGUGAGGAGGGUGCCAGCCCCUCAAAGAGCCGUCUCCCAGGUGUUGAGGGGUGCAGAGAGACCCCCUCCAGUCCCCAGGGGUCAGAGAGACGUCCAGAGCCACGCCUUGCAGCACUGGCACACACACAUGACCCAGAGACGACACCAGCAGGACCUUAUCUCCAACCUGCUCCAGAAGCCAGUAGAGAGGCUGUUGAUGAACCAGUCCAACCGUUUCAGAGAGACUCAGGAGCAGAGAGAACUGAUCACCCGAGGCCUGCCAGCCAUACACUCUGGACAGGGUUACCGUGUAGGCAGUGAGUUCUGGAGCCUCCCUCAGAGGUUUGGUGAUGAGCUGAGUGGUAUCUCAGCCACCCUGACCCAGACACAGAGAGGACAGCAGGAACCUGUCACACACAUCGCACAGCCACACAGCAUCCGCAUGGAGUCAGGUAAUGUUCUCCCAGAGACAUGUGGUUCAGCUAGCAGGACCUGGGACCAGAGUCUCUACCUGCAGCACCGACGACAUGAGCUCAGAGAUGUUCUCAAAGACCUGGACUUCAACCAGCCUGAGAUAGAUGGCUUGGAGGUGAUUGGCUCAGGCCAGCCCUUCACCUCUGUCACUGUGAAGCAGAGCCCCCUAUUGGAGGAGGAGGAGAGGGAGGAGCUUAGGGAGGUGGAGCAGAAGGAAAACCAUGACCCCCUGUCGCAGUUUGAUGAUGUCAUGCUGGACGCGGUGCUGGUGCCUGCCCUGAGGUUCUGUGGGCAGCCCGCCCGCUGGACAGGCAACUCCACCUCUCACAAGGGGGAGGUGGGUAUCAGCGCCAGGGUAACGUUUGAGGCCCUGUCAGGAGAGAGAGCCCGUUCAGACAUGGAGGUGCAGAACGAGGGCAGUACAGCAGUCUACUACAGCUGGCAGCGCCUGCUGUACCACAUAGCUUCCCUGACGCCAGGACACAUACACACACACAGCACUUCUACUUCAACACCUCCACAGGUGUGAUUCUACCAGGUGACAGCAAGCGUGUAGAGUUUAUAUUUAAGUCGGAGGUCCCAGGCAUCAGGACAGAGGUGUGGCGUCUCAACACACACCCUGUCCUGCUGGGCGGAGCCUCCAUCCAGGUGACACUGAGGGGCGUGGCUCUUUACCAGGACAAGACCGCUGACCAGAGACACACUCUGGAGAGGGAGCUGCAGCAGAGAGAGGCUGCGUCAGUGUGUCGGUCGUUGGUGUGUGCCGUGUUACGAGGUGUCCUCACCCCAGAGAGACCCGGCUCCCCUGCGGAGCUCUACACCACAGAGGAAGAACACUUCCACAACAGGAACCCAAAGCUGCAGUACCGUUAUGAGACAGUGGAGGCGC